GAGGUUUCUGACGGCUCGCCAUUGUACGAUUCGUUGCAAGCACGGUUCGCAGCGAUAGAAGCACGCUAAAGCUCUUUGAGAGUUUUACAGACAAUCGAAUGAGAAAGAGAGAGAUAGGCGACUGCGUACGGAGUGAGUGCAUGCGUGCGUGCAUCGGUGCUUGCUGCGUAGCCCGGAUUCGUAUCUUGCACACGCUGUAUAAAACAAACGUAUACAACGAGCAUAUUUUUAUCCCUCGAUCGCUCGUUCUGCUCCCGAGUCCCGGCACAAAAGACCGAGAUCGACGACACCGACGAGGUCGCGUCUCAUUUCUCUACCUUCCUAUCCCGUGAUAGGACAGACGUGCAAGGUCUCACGACACGGAACGCGUAUCACGCAUGAUAAAUUACACCGUGGUCGGUGCUCCGUGCGCGAUCCCCUAGUUUCCACAUCUUGCGUAUUCCUCUCGCUGUCGCGUUUUCUCGUAGCACGGGUUCGCCUCGUUUUACAACGUAUCAUAAAUUGAUUCUCUCUCUCUCUCCUCUCAUUCUAUUUUCUCCUAUCGUUUCGCAUCCUUCCCUCCCCUUUCCGCUCCCUUGUGUGUUCAGUUUCUACCGGUGUACUCCGAGCCGUGGACACAUCGCGCCGUGGCCGCCCUGUAUCAUACGGUGCGGACAACGUGCAACGAGCGCCCUCUCGUUCUCUCCAGGAAGAGCAACAACAGCUCUCGUCUCUUCGUUCCUGUCGACUCCGACGUCUCGGAGAAGAAUGGAGGCGAUAGCCAAGCACGACUUCACGGCGACCGCCGAAGACGAGCUUAGUUUCCGCAGGAGCCAAGUCCUUAAGAUUCUAAACAUGGAAGAUGACAUGAAUUGGUAUAGAGCUGAAUUGGAUUCCAGAGAGGGACUUAUACCAAGUAAUUACAUUGAGAUGAAGAGCCAUGAGUGGUAUUAUGGAAGAAUAACAAGAGCAGAUGCCGAAAGAUUAUUGAUGAACAAACACGAAGGUGCCUUUCUGAUUAGAAUCAGUGAAAGCUCUCCUGGUGAUUUCUCCUUGUCUGUAAAAUGCUCCGAUGGUGUGCAACAUUUCAAAGUAUUGAGAGACGCACAGGGCAAGUUUUUUUUAUGGGUUGUCAAGUUCAACAGUCUCAAUGAACUGGUAGAGUAUCACCGUACAGCAUCUGUUUCUCGUUCGCAAGAUGUCAAACUGCGAGACAUGGUUCCGGAAGAGUGUCUGGUGCAAGCGCUGUAUGAUUUCGCACCGCAGGAGCCUGGCGAACUCGAGUUCCGACGAGGGGACGUAAUCACUGUCACAGACCGCACGGAUCAGCACUGGUGGCACGGAGAGAUCGGUAAUAGGCGGGGACUGUUUCCAUCUACCUAUGUCACGCCAUACCACUCCUAGGUAUUAUACUUGGCCUCACAGUGCACGGAGAUCGUUACUGGGAACAGCUUAUCCCACCACAAUCACCUAUAGGAUCCGAGUUAUCGCGAAUUUGAUAAACAAUAUCUUAAGAAACUCAUCCAUCGAAUCGGUCACCAUUGAUCAAUACACCAUCGGUGUAUCGGUGUAUCAGUGGUUUUACCGAAAAGUCUUCUAAGUAAACACGACUUUUGACUAAAAGUGAAUCAGUUGUAUACUCCAACACCAAAAUCCUCAGAUAUCAAACAAGGAUAAAUAUCGCGUUUACAUAUGCAUGAGAGAGGGAGGAGAGAACCGUCACCGACGUCGAAACGUCCGAUAUAAAGACAUCUAAGAUUAAGGAUGAUCUGACUGUUUCGAGAAUGUAUGACGAUAUCCAAGGAUCCGAGUAUCUAUGUAUGCGUCGUUUACUUAUAAAUGUCUAGGGAUCUAAGGAUGCCUAAAAGAUGCCUAAGGAUCUGAGGAUAACUCGAGCAUUUAUAAAACUCUAACGAUUUAUAACGAUCCUUUAUUUAAGAGUUAUCUAAGUAUAUAGAUAUCCAAGGAUCUAAGGGUCUCUCGCGUGAUCCUCGAACCGAUUUUCCCCAGCUGUGGCAGAAUCGUUGUUCGAGGAAACUCGAAUAUGUAUAUUUUUGUUUCCUUUCUUCCUUCCUUUCGUUUCCUCUUUUUCUUUUUUCUUUUUUUUUUUAAUUGACUUUGACAAUUCUUCCUUUACUUACUGCAUAAAGCACAAAAGUUCAUAGCAUUGUGUAAUUAUUAAUAUUAUUAUUAUUAUCUUUAUGUGGUUAUUAUUAUAAUUAUUAUAUAUUAUUAUUAUGUGACUAUUAAUGCGUUAUGUUACAUUUUAUUGAUAACAAUAUAUUAUAUUAAUUAUGGCCGCGUGUGCUUUGUUGACUUGAGCCCAACGAUGACGACUAUUCCUUGUGAGCAUUGUCGCGAGAAAACGCAUUACUUAUCAGUAGCUUCAUCUUGUAAUGUACUGUAACAAGUAUGACCAAUAGUUUGGUCGAUUAUUCUGCUUAUUACUGGAUGAGUGUGCCAUUCGGAACAUUUCCUGCUGUCGUGCGCUUUUUAUCAGCCGACCGCGAUAAACUCUAAAAGCGGAAGUUUUGCGUUUCAUGAUCGAUAUCUUUGUCGUUUCGCCGGCCUUGAUAACAAUGUUCGACGUUUAUUCUCUGUAGUAAAGAUUGAAAUAUUAGAUAUAUUAGAUUCGGAUCUAGUAGAGACCGUAUAAUGAAAUUUGAAUUUGAUGAAACAUUUCUGGAAAGUCAAGUUUGCUCAGUUUAAAUAUACUUUUACGACAAAACGAUUUAAAAUAUUUACAUAUGCUUACUUGUGUUACUCUUUCAAUGACGAUUCCAACGAUAAAUCAAUUAAUCAAGUUGAUAGAAAUUAUUAAAAAGCGCCUUUGGUCAAAUGCAAGGAGAUAGAACAAAAUAGAUAAACGAGAGAAACAAUGCAUUAAUUAUGUGUAAUUCAAAGAACUUGGGAUCAUGAAUGCAGUUAAAUUCGAAAGAGAGGGAGAGAGAAGGGGCGUAUACACUGUGUUAAUAUAUAAAAUCAUACUGUUCAUUAUUUCACUAUAAUUAUAACGAUUUAAUAAUUGAUAACACAACUUGAUUAAACAAGCUCUAAAAAAUUUUGCUAUUGAUGUAUUCUUACCUCAAGAAACAUUGUAUAGUUUUCUGAUACUUCUGGACCAAGUGAUGUAUAAUAAUAAUAAUAAUAAUAACACAAGAACAACAAUAAUAAUAA